CAGAUGGAUCAAAAAACGGGCCGGCAAAAAAUGGAAGAGGCCGAGUACCUCCACGUGGGCCUCAAUAGAAUAUUCGAAAUUGCCAAGGAGAAGGUGGAAGUUGUCAGAAUUGGAAAUGGCUCAAAUGACAAGAAACAGCUAGCGAAUGACGUCAGAGAGGCACAGAAGGUGCUCAGAACUAUGCAAACUCGAAUUUCAGACCUAAAAGCCCUCGGCAAAGAUAUUCCAUCGCUAAACGACCAAAAAACCGUGAAAAUCCACGUGGAAAGCCACGAAAAACAAAUGAAUUUUCUGCAGAGAAAGUUGAAAGAGGGAUCCGAAGAAAUUCGAAAGGAUAUUGUCGAGGAAGAACGGAGAUCACUGCUGAUGAAGCGAGAUGGGACUAUGGCAACUGGAAAUAUUAAAAUUGCGGCUCCACAAGUGCGCGCAAAAGCCCUAACAGAUCUCAACGCAAAAAUGGCGGAGCUCGUGAGCGGCGGAGAGCAGACAAUGACGACGCUGGCACAUUCUUCGUCAGUUUUAGGGAAUACACAUUCCGAAUAUGACAAUCAAAAGGCACUUAUUGGGACGAGCAGCAAGCUUCUCUCCAAGUACGAACAACGCGAAAUCACCGAAAAAUUCCUUUUAUUUUUCUGCUUCUUAUUCUACUGUGCCGUUUGUCUGUAUAUACUGCAAAAACGGGUUUUCCCGUGGUUUAAGAUAUUUUGAAAAUGGGAAAAUUUUGGAAUUUUCGGGCUAAAUAUUUAUAAAAAUGCGAAAUUUGGCAUUUUUUCUGUGUUAAAAUCCUCACAUUUUUCUGGAUAAAAAUGCGAAAUUUUGACAGUUUUUGCACUAAAAAUCAAUUUUUUGGGUUUUUUUCACAAUUUUCUGUAUUUAAUGUGAUAAUAUUUAUUCAAUAUUUAAUUUUUUUUUCUGUUGGCUUUUCAAAUGAAAUUUCAAUUUUUUUU